AUGGGGUCUUUAUCGGCUAUCAUGGAGAGUCGUGACACCGAGACUCCAGGAGAGGAACCAGGAAAGAUGGGGUCGUUGCAACUUCUCAACGCCCUGAAGGCUAACCCGGGAGUGAAGCCGACGAGCAAGGGGCUCAUGUAUGUGGAAGCUCGGAUUAACGAUAAGCCAACCCGAGUGUUGAUGGACACGGGCGCCACUCACAACUUCAUGACAACAGAUGAAGCUGUGAGACUUGGCGUCAAGUGGUCCAAGAAAGAUGGUUGGAUGAAGACGGUGAACGCAAGGGCUCAACCCGUCGAUGGGAUAGCCCGAGGGGUCGGGAUGAAGCUGGGAAGCUGGAGCGGUCCGGUGAACUUCUCAGUCAUUCCCAUGGACGAUUUCAAGGUAGUCUUGGGUAUGGACUUCAUGAGACAAGUCUCAGCCAUACCCAUGCCUGCGUUGAGCUCGGUAUGCAUUCUCGAGAAGGGAUCACCGUGCAUGAUUCCGGCCUUGGAAGAGAACAUCGAUGGGACGACGCAACUAUCGGCGAUGCAGCUCACCAAGGGGGUGAAGAAGGGUGAACCCACGUUUUUGGCCAUGAUGAAGGUGGAGGAUGAGCCCAAUAACAUGGAGGAUAUCCCUCAAAUCAUCAAAACGGUCCUUGAGGAGAACAAGGACGUUAUGCCGGCAAAGUUUCCCGAGAAGUUACCACCGAGGAGGGCGGUGGACCACCAGAUCGAGUUGGAGCCUGGAGCCAAACCACCAUCUAUGGCGCCUUAUAGAAUGGCCCCAUCCGAGCUGGAGGAGUUAUGUAAACAACUCGAUGAGUUGUUAUCAACGGGGAAGCUAAGGCCAUCGAAGGCACCUUAUGGGGCCCCAGUCUUGUUCCAAAAGAAGCAUGCACCACUGACGGACCUUCUCAAGAAAGGGAAAACAUGGGACUGGUCCGGACCGUGCCAAGAGGCCUUCGAGGAACUAAAGACCGCGGUAAGCCAGGAACCCGUCCUGGCCUUACCUGACUUCAGUCUCCCUUUCGAGUUACACACGGAUGCCUCCGACUUUGCCAUCGGGGGAGUGCUGAUGCAAAAUGGACAUCCAAUUGCCUUUGAAAGCCGUAAGCUUAAUGAGACUGAACGGCGGUACACGGUUCAAGAGAAAGAGAUGACUGCAAUAGCCCAUUGCUUGCGAGUUUGGAGACACUACCUUCUUAGGGCGCAUUUCUCGGUCAAAACGGACAACGUGGCGACGAGUUACUUCCAGACCCAGAAGAAGUUGUCCCCGAAACAAGCAAGAUGGCAAGACUUCCUUGCUGAGUUCGAUUACACUUUGGAGUACAAGCCAGGGAAGGUGAAUGUGGUGGCCGACGCACUAAGUCGGAAGGCGGAGUUGGCAGCAAUGAGCCAAGUCGAGGGGACCAUUAUGGCUCGAAUCCGAGAGGGGCUGGAACGGGAUCCAGUCGCUAAGGAGAUGGUGAAGCUAUCCAACGAGGGGAAAGUGCAUCGAUUUUGGGUAGAAGACGGGUUACUCUACACCAAAGGUCGAAGGCUUUAUGUGCCUAAGUGGGAAAGUCUUCGAAGAGAUAUCAUUCGAGAGUGCCAUGAUACGCGAUGGCCGGGCCAUCCGGGUCAGAAAAGAACGAUGGCACUUGUCGAAGCUGGAUAA